UUGCUGGAAGGAAGGGUUGCCAAGGAACAGAUUUAAGUUUAUCUUGUUUGGGUGUAAUAGAGCCACAGACUUUCUUAUUUAGUCAUGCAUGUUUGCAGGGCAAGUGAAAAGUUACCCAGAAGUUAACACAUAUUGAAAGCAAAUAGAGUUGACCUGGUGACAUGGUGAGUUCAGUUUCUGUCCUUGGUUAUGGUAAAAAUAAAAUACAAUUCUAACAUUUAAUGUAAUGUAUGGAAAAUGUGACAAUGUGCGUCUCUGUCAAAAGGUGCUUAGGAAAGACGUGAAAAAGGACAGCUUUGCAGAAGAGAGGAGAUGGAAACGUGUGAGCCAGAGAGCCACAUGAAGAAAUUCUGCCCCCUCUGUCCUUUGGCGGUAUUGCAGCAUAUAUGCUACAUCUGCCUUAUGUGGGUGCUGGCAGGAGGGGCGUUACCAUAAAGAGGAAGGGACAUUUUUGGUGUCAGAUUCUGGCAGCCUUAUAAAUAUGAUCUGAAUAUUGGCUCGAUGUCAGUGUUGCCCGCCUCUGCCCUUGCACCUUCCCCACCACCCAGCGAUUCUUGCCCAAGUUUCUCAUCAGGUGAGACGUUUGUUUUCUUUGUGCCAUGCUGUUUGUUGGGAUCCUUCCUUCGGUGCAUUGCGCUGUAUCAAAGUGGACCCAAUAACAAGAGAGAAAAGGAAUGAAAGGCAAUGGGAUGUGUAAAGGAUGUUUAAGAGAUUCACAUCAUGGCUGGAGUUGACGUGAGAUGAAAUAGCAUUUCAUAUUGUUUUCAUUGGUGCUUCCUCUGUGGUCUUACUCAUUGGCAUUUUUAGAAAUAAAGCAUUCAGAUGCGGAUUGUUGUUUGUUUGGAGUGUGAAGCAAGAGGCUUAAUCACAUUUUGUUUUCAUUUGCCUUUUUAGUGAUGACAUUGUACAGAGAGAGAAUCUUUCACAUCUUUUUAGUCUGGUUUAAAAAGAUGUGAAAGAUGUUCUCUCUGUACAGUCUGGUUUAAAUAGACUGAAACAAAUACAUGUUUAUGGUUGACUGAAUGGUGUUAAGGAUGUGGAUUAACCAUUCAAUAUAUCUUAAGUUAUGUUAUUUUGAGGUAUACUGGAUAUAGAUAUAUUUUUCAAGAAUGUAGUUGUGAAGAUGAUUGCAGCAUGCCUGAUAAUGCUUAAGAUAUAUGAUUAAAAAAAAAGAUGUCACAGAGGCAUGCUAAGACAUGCAGCAGUGUGCCCAGUCUUACCUGUGAGACUUGGCUUGGACACUUGAGACGGGGGGCGCUCCUCCUGGCCCGUAUCCAAAGAUUAUUACAGACACCCAGUGUCAGGUUUUAAGACAUCUUUAAAUUAUGAGCUAUCCCAUGUCAAGCUGUCUAUUGCUGAGUUGGGUGCCUCUUUUCAACGUUAAUAGAAAACAUUACAUUAUAUUACACUUCGCUGACACUCUCAUCCUUUAAAACCUUCUUGACCAUGUCUAUUUAAUAACCCCAUGUGCGAGUUGUGUAAGACUGUAGUCUGUUAUUCAGACAAACCAACAUCUAAUGCAUUUCACAAAGAAUAAACUAGAUUGACGUACAUCUAGCAUACAACUUGCAUAUUUCUUAACAUAUGAAUCUAAAAAGGUCAAACGUAUAUACAACCUUUUUACAUGACCUUACAUGACCUUUUUACAUGAUCUUUUCCACAAAAAUGGAAUGGAAGUGGUAGUACUGUAAUGAGAUAGGACUAAAGACAUUUCAUCGUAAUUGUUGACUCGAACUGCAUACACUAUGUACAGUAUAUAAUAGAGGAAGUGAAAAUAUACAAGCGUGGGCAAAAGAAGAAGAAUGCUCACACUCUGAAGAAGUGUUCUUUGUGGGACGACUGUCAUAUGAUUCUUUGAAUGAUUUUGCUUCCUCAACCUGUUUAUUGCAAAGUGACAGAAUACUAAAUGUCGUAGGCUCAUUUUUGUUACCAAGACAUUGCGCAAGAAGCCUGUCCAAAUACUCACUAGUAUGAAAGUGUGACUUUUCUUAGCAGUCAAAAGAAAUGCAUGAAACUAAAGAGGAAUAAUGCUCACACUCUUAAGAAGGAAGUAUUUAUGUGAGCUCACUGUGACAAUGCUGUAGCCUCUUAGUGCAGAUGCCGGUUCAUUUUUUGCUACCAAGACAUUACAUAAGACGCAGUCAAAACAAAUGCAUGAUCCCACAUUUAUUCACUAUUAAACGUGCAUAUCUGCUUUAUGGAGUCAAAUAGGAUGUAUGAACUCUCUGAAAUCUGACUUUCAAAUAUGAAUGCACAUCUCUUUGCAAUUUUUUGAGGACUUAACAUUUGACAUAGAUUUUUCUGUUGUUGUUUAGGAGAACACCACAAACAGCCAACAUGUCUGAGAAGAAGAUGACAUCGAGCCGCAAGCAUCACCUGAAGAGUGUGAUGCUCGCAAUUGCGGCUACGCGUCUGGAUCAGGAGGCAGCUGACCUUAUAGCAGCCAAGGAGGCCUACCUGAAUGAGCGCUGCCCUGCCCUCAGCAUGCCCGAUGCUUUGGAGGAGCUUCAGAAACUCUGCAAAGAGCUUCAUUCAAAGAUUGACAAAGUUGAUGAGGAGAGAUACGAUGUUGAUGCCACAGCCACCAAGGGACAAAAAGCGGUUGACGACCUUAAGAUCAACGUAACAGAAUUGAAGGGUAUGAAGAAGCCUGCACUGAAGAAAGUGCGUAUGUCCGCUGACCAGAUGCUUCAGGCUCUGCUGGGCUCCAAACACAAGGUCACUAUGGAUCUGAGGAGCAACCUGAAGCAGGUCAAGAAGGAGGUCAAGGUUGAGGAGGCUGGUGACUGGCGUGCGAACAUUGAUGACAAGAAGGACAGGAAGAGCAUGUUUGAGGGCGCUGAGGCAUAAACAAAAUUAAGUGCUCAAGAUGCAGGGGAUUUCCUCCAGAACAAUUGGAUGGUAGAACACAAUGGAUGGAUGGCAGAACGCGGAUGUGUUGGGACGAGAGGCUUUUUUUCUCCUUUUAUUUUUGUUGCAACAUUCAUUUUUUUCCUUUUGAAACAUGCAUUUUGUUGUACAAAUGUACAGAUCAACAGAUGAAAUCACGUCAAGUCAUUAAAAGGUCGCUUUUAAGAUAACUUCCUCUUCUGGAUUUUUUUCAGUGCAUAGAUCGCCAGUGACAUCCUUAUGUCCUUACAUCUUAUCAGUAGACAAAGGGUCUGUCCACCACCAGACGUCAACAGAGUUCAGACAGGCUCUCUUCCACCCAGUACCCCUAACGCUUAACCCCCUCCCCCAUAUCUUUCUCUUGCUGUCCUUGUCCCUGUCUGUCUCUGUGUGACAUGGCUACACACACACACACACACACACACACACACACACACACACACACACACACACACACACACACACACACACACACACACACACACACACACACACACAGAAACACGCAACAUGUACACAAUCUUUCAUCUCCUUGUCAUUCUUGCUGGAAGGGUUGCCAGAGAAUAGAUUUAAGUUUAUAUUGUUUGAGUGUAAUAGAGCUGCAUAGUUUCUUAUUUAGUCAUGCAUGUUUGCAGGGCAAGUGAAAAGUUGCUCAAAAGUUAACACACAAGUAGAAAAUAAGUAGAGGUGAGCUGGUGACACGGUGAGUUCAGUUUUUUGUGCUUUUUAUGGUAAAAAAUAAAAUAACAUUCAAAUAUUUAAUUUCCUGAAUGAACAUUUUUUGAAAAUGUGUCUCUGUCGUGUGGGCUUAGGAACGAGGUGAAAAAUGGAAGCCAUGCAGAAGAGAGGAGAUUGAAAUGUGCGAGCUACAGAGCCACAUGAAGAAAUGCUCCCCCCUCUGUCCUUUGGCGGUAUUGCAGGGUAAAGGGGCACCAGGCAGACACCCAUCUGAUACACGAGUCAGCCUUGCACCAAUCAGCGGGGACCUGACCUGACGAACAUGGAGCAGAGAGGCCAACAAGACACAGGCAUCACCAACCCCCCAAGCACUC